CUGUGGUAUAAACAAUAUGUAGAAAGCUAUUCUUUUGUAAUGAGAUGACCACAAAAAGGAUAUGACAUCACAGAUAGGACCCCUGUAGACCCUCAUGACUGUGUGUAAAGGUUAGUAAAUCUUUUAAAAAUAAUUCAACGUUUCUAUAAUAUGGCAAGAUUAGAUAGAUUCACAUGUCAAAUCAUAAAAUCCCCAAGAAAAGGACAUGGAAGGACAUCCUGUUUUUGUCUGUCAACAUCUUCGACAAAUUCAGAUUUACACCAUUACAACAACAGAGUUCUGCAGUUUUCACUGUGUAAUGUUAAAUCAUGAGUCAAUUUCACAAAAUGCCACAUUACACAUAUCACACAACUCAAACCUUGUGUUCUUCAACUAAUCAGCAAAUGAAGUUCACUAUUGAACUUCUUCAUUUGCCUUUGACCCAUUUAACACUAUAGUAUUUGUUUCUCUGUGUGGUUCAUGCUAGCAGGAAGAGGCUCACAGAAACUCUUGACAAGAUGUUUGUCCAUCUAUCAGACCAAAACCACAUUUCUUUCCAGAUCUGAAGGACUCAGACCACAUCAGGUUCACUCGAAACUGAACUUGUAGAGGGGGGAAAUAAUGUAUUCAAUGGAACCAUUUUUCACAAGAAAACCACUAAGAUGUCUUCUGUACUGGCAAGUCUUGAUAUGAUGACUCUUUGUAGCCUAGUAUAUAUAUAGCGCGAUCACAGUCACGCUCACACUCGCGGAGGCGCGCAGAGAAAUUCAGAUUAUCUGACUGAAGACUUUCGACGUUUCGUUAUUUCGCUACAGAUCACGAAGCGUCAAGCUUUGGUUUAAAUCCAUGUAGGUUUUAAAGUAUAAGAGAUUAAAUAUCUCAAUAAACCCACGGGAACCAUCUUCAGCAAAGUUUUAGGAAAUUCGUUUUUAUUGCGGCCAUUUUCCAGAAAAGUCAAGUAACGUCUCAGUCACAGAAAAUGUAUACAUUUCUUUGGUUCUGUUUGUGUUAUGGACUCCUGUUUGGUGUGUUUGGUGUUGGGACAGGUGAAAUCAAAAGGGUAUCAGAGGGAGAGUCUGUUACUCUAAACAUUAAGGCGCAGAGAGAUAAGGAGCUACUGUGGUUGUUUGGAGAUCAAGAGACUCUCAUUGCUGAAAUCAAGAUGGAAGACGGAGUCUAUAAAACAUAUGAUGGUGCUGAUGGGAGAUUCAGAGGCAGACUGGAGCUGGACUAUAAUACUGGAUCUCUGACCAUCACAAACAUCAGAACUGAGCAUGCUGGACGCUAUCAACUUCAGAUCAUCAUCAGCGAUACGUUCUCAUACGAGACAUUCACAGUUUCUGUCUAUGCUCGUCUGCCCGUUCCUGUCAUCAGCAGAGACUCUUCUCAGUGUUCUUCAUCAUCAGGAUCGUCAGUGUCAAAAUGUUCACUGUUGUGUUCAGCUGUGAAUGUGAGUCAUGUGACUCUCUCCUGGUACAGAGGAAGCAGUUUAUUGUCCAACAUCAGCGUGUCUGAUCUCAGCGUCAGUCUCUCUCUACCUCUGGAGGUGGAACAUCAGGAUAAAAACUCCUACAGAUGUGUGCUGAACAAUCCCAUCAGCCACCAGACCAAACAUCUGGACAUCAGUGGACUCUGUCAGCCAUGUCCAGCUCCUCUGCCGAUUCCUGUCAUCAGCAGAGACUCUCCUCAGUGUUCUUCAUCAUUACCAGACCAGAAUUGUUCACUGCUGUGUUCAGUGUUGAAUGUGAGUCACGUGACUCUCUCCUGUUACAAAGGAAACGGUUUAUUGUCCAGCGUCAGUGCGUCUGAUCUCAGCGUCAGUCUCUCUCUACCUCUGGAGGUGGAACAUCAGGAUAGAAACACCUACAGCUGUGCGAUCAACAAUUCAUUCACUAACCAGACUCAACAUCUGGACAUCUCUCAGCUCUGUCAGCCAUGUUCAGGCCGCACGCACUGUUGUGGUUUUACUGAAACUGUCAUCCGAUUGGCUGGCUCUGCUCUGGUGGGCGUGGCUACUGUUGCCAUUCUGGUUUAUGACAUCAGGUCCAGAAGGUCUUAUCAGAAGAGGAGAGAGCAGACGACCCCGCCGCACGCAGAUGAAUAUGAUGAUGUGGCAUCAGGUCACUAGGUGGUGAUGAUGUUCAGCUGUCCGUUACAGGAAUGCAAAUAAGGAAUACACCAGGCAUCUCAAACCUUGUCAGUCAUACUGAGAAUAAUAAAAUCCACAGAAUGAAAACAUGAAAACAAAUACUCUAAUAAUGGUACUCUUCAUAAGUGAUUAUAAUGACAUCUGGUGGUUGUUUUUGGUGCCUAAUGUCUUUCUGUAUCUCUGUUGUUCCAAACAUUUACUUUUAAUGUACAUUUUAUCUUUUUUUUAACACCAAGAAGAAAUUGUUUUAUUGGUUCAUAAAAAAGUGUUUUUAAGUUUUGCCAUGUGAAAUCUGAUUACAUUAUACUCUAAAAAAUGCUGGGUUGUUUCAACCCAAAUUUGGGUAAAAUGUGGACAAACCCAACCGUUGGGAUAAAACUGUAAAUUAAAAAUAACCCAGUGGUUAGGUUUGUCCAUAUUUUACACAAAUUUGGGUUGAAACAACCCAGAAUUCUUUAGAAUAUGUAUGAAAACAAUGUCUUAUUUGACUACCACUUCAUGAUUCAUAUGAAUUAUUGUAACAUCCAGCAAAUUCAUUAAAGAUAAAAAUGUCUUGAGCAUGUUUAAUGAAUAUAUUAACCUGUUAUCUGGCAAACUUGUGUUUGAUUUGUUUUGGCUGAAAUUACCCUUUUCCCCCCCUUCUUUAGAUAUAGACCAACAUUAUUACAGUUCCUCUACUUGCACCUUGCGGUGCCCCAAAAGAUAAGAAAAUGAUUUUGAUUUUACACUGAUUUUAUAAAAGUUUAGAUUAAUCCUGUGUAACGCUUCACUCAAUUUGGUACAGACACAAUGUCUGAGAAUGAACCAGUUAAAUCAGAAGACGAGAACAAGGAUGUACAACAAUAAUGAACCACCCAUGCAAGGUAUAAGGUUUAACUGAAUGUAUUGUCUUGUUUGAAGAUAUUAUAUCUCAAUAAAUAGAACGCAUAACAGAAUGAAAAGUAAGGUACAAUAUGUAUGUAUUUCUCAAACAAAUAAAAAACAGAAGAAAUGUUUUCCUUAAACACCAAGUUAAUUCUUUCUGAUAUUUUCUUACAGGUUUCAAGACUCAAAUGUACUCAGAAGGUAAGUCUGAUAACUUGUCUUUUAAACAAUAUUUAUGUAAAUUAGGAAGUUCAAUUUUACAGAACAAAAGAGAAAAAAAUAAAAUAAAAGCAAUUACAUUUGAUCAAACAACACAAAUAAAAAACAAAUAAACCCAAUAAAUUACCAUGAUUUACAGAAGACUCCCACUAAAAUAUCAUUCAGUGUAACAAUCUUGUCAGGCAUAUUUACAACAAAAAUAUCCUAUGUUUUGCCCAUUUGUCAGCAAGAUUUUUUAAAAUGCAAUACAAUUUAGUAUGCUCAAUUAUUCUUUUAUAUAUUUUAAUAUGCACAGGUCACAAUAAGUAUGUUUUUUUUUAUUUUACAUAAAUAUAAGUGUUACACUGAAUGAUAAUGGAAAAUUAUUUCACCCACAUUUUGACAUUUGUGAUCCUGGAGCACAAAACCAGUCAUAAGUCACACAGGUAUAUGUCUUGCAAUAGCCAACAAUACAUUGUAUGGGUCAAAAUUAACAAAUUUUCUUUUAUGCAAAAAUCAUUAGGAUAUUAAGUAAAGAUCAUGUUCCAUUAAGAUAUUUUGUUAAUUAUCCUAAAUAUAUCAAAAAUGUAUUUUUGUGAGUGGAUAUGCAUUGCUAAGGACUUCAUUUGGACAACUUUAAAGGUGAUUUUCUCAAUAUUUUGAUUUUUUUGCACCCUCAGAUUCUAGAUUUUCACAUAGUUGUAUCUCGGCCAAAUAUUGUCCUGUCCUAUGGAAAGAUUAUUUAUUCAGCUUUCAGAUGAUGCAUAAAUCUGUGAUGUAUAAAAAUUGACCCUUAUGACUGGUUUUGUGGCCCAUGGUCACAUUUUAUUCCCCCAAAACUUAUUUGAGACCUCAAAAGUAGACGUUUUACUUGCAUAUAAUGUGCUUUCUAUGUAUAUAACAUCACUUUUGUAAAUUUCUGUUGAUGCGGACAUCUAAAUGUCUUUGACCCAUAAACAUAUAUACAAUGUGCAUUUUUUCAGAGCAGCUUUAUAGGAAAAAAUUCUGCAGUGAGAAAAACAUGUCAUGCCUAAUGUAUCUUUCAGUCUUCUGCCUAAAAACUAGAAACAUGGGAAAACCAUACACUGUAAAAAAUAUUCCGUAGUUUUUACAAAAUAAUUUUGGCAGCUGUGGUUGGCAGAAUAAUUUUGUAAAAAAUACAGAAAAACUGUAAACACAUUUACAGAACGAACUGUCAAUUUUACAGUAUAAAACUGUAAUUUACAAACAAGAAAAUUUGAAUGUAAACAAGUAAGUUCAACAAUGCACACUACUACUAAAAUCUGUUUUGUACCUUUAACAUACACUGACAACCACCAUAAUAAUGCAGGCGGUAAAAGAGAAAGCCACAUGAAGAAUCAGAGUUCAUCACAAAUAGCUUUUCCAGGAGCUGAAGUAUAUACUAAUGCAAAGAAGGUGCAAAGAGUCAUUCACGCAAACGCAAAACACCAUCAUGGUAACCCACAACACUUACAUAAUGCAAUAAACAUUCAUUAAACAACAGAAGAUGUAACAUAAAACCCUAAUGUACAUAACUGAUAACAAAAACUAUUAAGAAACAUGAUUUUUUAAACAAAAUACUUUCAAAUGUGGAGUGAUUUGUGGGAAUAUCAGUUUACAGUUUUUGACUGUAAAUUAAACAUUGAUUUGUUCUUUUUUACUUCUAAAAAUUGUAAAAUUUACAGCAUUUUACUGUGAAAAUUACAUAAAAUGUCUGGUAAGAGCUUUUACAGUUUUUCCCUGUAUAUAGUACUGGAACUUACUGUUAACCUAUUUACAAUUUUUUUCCAUAGCAUUUUUACAAUAUUUCACUGUUAAAAUCACAUUCAUUUUUUACAGUGUAGACACAAUUGUCUUGAGUGUUUUCUGUUUUUCCCUUUAUUACUUGAUCAGAUAUAAACAUGAAAUCCUAAAUGUGAGCAGAAUUCAGAGAGACUCUGUACUGAUCAUUUCUGCAAUAGAGUGAAAAAACAGAUUAAUAUUGAAAAUAUUCAUCCAGCUGUUGUAAUUGAUCAUGAUAUAUAUAAAUGAGAAUAAAAAAAUAAAUACGUAUGUUGCUUUC